ACAAGGCCAACCGGAUCAAUUUGUUCCCGGUUUGGCGAAUCCGCGAAUAUCGUCCAGGCCUCGACCCCCUUUGCAAGAAACCUACGUCGCCAUUGCAUCGCAUUUUUGACUCCAGAAAGCGUCCAGAUUUCCUCACUCCGACUCCUUCCUCUUUUGAUCGGAUGGCGAAAGCUUUGGCAGAUGCUCCCCCGAAAGGUGGGUUUAGUUUCGAUUUGUGCCGUAGGAAUGAUAUGCUCGUGAAGAAGGGAAUACAGCUCCCGGGUUUCAGGAAGACCGGAACCACCAUUGUGGGCUUAAUUUUUGAGGAUGGAGUUAUUCUAGGAGCGGAUACAAGAGCAACCGAAGGACCUAUAGUUGCAGAUAAAAAUUGUGAGAAGAUUCAUUAUAUGGCACCCAACAUCUACUGUUGUGGAGCUGGAACUGCUGCAGACACUGAGGCAGUGACAGAUAUGGUAAGCUCUCAGUUGCAGCUGCACCGCUAUGCAACGGGCCGUGAAUCAAGGGUCAUUACUGCCCUUACUCUUUUGAAGUCACACUUAUUUAGCUACCAAGGUUAUGUUAGUGCUGCAUUGGUCCUUGGUGGUGUUGAUGUUACUGGACCGCAUUUGCAUACAGUCUACCCACAUGGUUCAACUGAUACUCUCCCUUUUGCUACGAUGGGUUCGGGUUCUCUUGCGGCCAUGUCUGUGUUUGAAUCUAAAUACAAGGAAGGCUUAAGUAGAGAGGAGGGAAUCCAACUGGUUUCUGAGGCCAUAUGUUCUGGUAUAUUCAAUGAUUUGGGAAGUGGAAGCAAUGUUGAUGUCUGUGUAAUUACUAAGGGCAAAACGGAUUAUUUGAGGAACCAUCAGUUACCGAAUCCUCGGACAUACAUUAGUUCUAGAGGCUACUCUUUCGCCAAGGGUCAUACUGAGGUGUUAUCAACGAAGAUCAUUCCCUUGAAGGCCAAAGCAGAAGUAGCUGUGGUUGAUGCCAUGGAAGAGUAAGGGGAUUAUUUUGCAUGAGCCGCUGCUUGGUUUUGUCUGACUGUUAUAGCUUAAUCAAUGUAUCAAGUUGUGUUUAAGCAGCUAUAUCGUAUUACAUUCUUCAGCACAAUAUUGCUCUUGAAGUCCUUUACUUCUUGUUAUGCUCAUCUUCUUCACUAUCAGAGUCAGUACUACGAUGAUAUAAGUAGUCUUCUUACUUUCUGCUUUGGAUAAUAUACAUCUUAUUCUAUUUUGUUGAAGAAGAGUUCAUACUUUUUGUUAAAUCUUUGUGGAUAUUAAAUGAUCGAAACUAAUAGUGAUAAUAUUGUGUUC